AUGAAGGUCUUCGCGGUUUUCGCCCUUUUUGCGGUCUCCGCACUAGCAGAUACCCUACCAUCAGUGACGAUAUGCCCUCCAGAAACACAAACAAUCUUCGUCCUCCAACACAACACAACAGUCGGAGCUCGUAUCCGAACAAUCCCCACCUCAAACCUCGCUGAAUGCUCCGAUCACUGUGCUGCUUCCCUUGAUUGCCAAGGUGUUGAAUUCAAGGAUGGAUCAUGUGCAGUCUUCCGUGCUGGAUCUGAAAAAGCCGUGAAGGGAAGUCAACUUCUCACAAAGAGCUGUGUGAAGAGUGACCGUGUCUGUCAAUCUCCAUUCCAAUUCGAUCUUUUCGAGCAGAAGAUUCUCGUCGGAUUCGCCCGUGAAGUCGUCCCAGCUGAGAAUAUUCAAGUCUGUAUGGCUUCAUGUUUGAAUGCUUUCGAUACUUUCGGAUUUGAAUGCGAAUCUGCCAUGUUCUAUCCAGUUGAUCAAGAGUGUAUCUUGAAUACCGAAGAUCGUUUGGACCGCCCAUCUCUUUUCGUCGAUGAAGCUGAUGAUACUGUUAUCUACAUGGAUAACAACUGUGCUGGAUCCCAAUGCUAUCCACCAUACAUCACUCAAUACAUUGCCGUCGAGGGAAAACAAUUGAAGAAUGAGCUUGACCGUAUCAUCAACGUCGACCUCGAUUCCUGCCAAGCUCUUUGCACUCAACGUCUCUCAAUCUCAUCCAAUGACUUCAACUGCAAAUCAUUCAUGUACAACAACAAGACUCGUACCUGCAUCCUCGCUGACGAGAGAUCCAAACCACUCGGACGAGCUGAUCUUGUUGCCACCGAAGGAUUCACUUACUUCGAGAAGAAGUGCUUCGCUUCUCCAAAUACUUGCCGUAAUGUUCCAAGUUUCAAGCGUGUUCCACAAAUGAUUCUCGUCGGAUUCGCUGCUUUCGUCAUGGAGAACGUUCCAUCUGUCACAAUGUGCCUCGACCAGUGUACCAACCCACCACCAGAGACCGGAGAUGGAUUCGUCUGCAAGUCAGUCAUGUACUACUACAACGAACAAGAAUGUAUCUUGAACUCUGAAACUCGCGAGAGCAAACCAGAGCUCUUCAUCCCAGAAGGAGAGGAAUUCCUCGUCGAUUACUUCGAUAUCACCUGUCAUCUCAAGCAAGAGAAGUGCCCAGCUGGACAACAUCUUAAGGCCAUCCGCACUAUCAAUGCAGCUCUUCCAGAAGGAGAAUCAGAACUUCAUGUUCUCAAGUCUUCUGCUGCCAAGGGAAUCAAGGAAUGCGUUGCCAAAUGCUUCGGACUUUCUCCAGAAAAGUGCCGUUCUUUCAACUACGAUAAGAAGACCAAAUCUUGUGAUCUUUUGUAUUUGGAUGGACAUAAUACUCUUCAACCUCAAGUUCGUCAAGGAGUUGAUCUUUAUGAUCUUCACUGUCUUGCUGUGGAAAACGACUGCUCUGCCAACAAGGAUGAUGCUCUCUUCUCCCGUUAUCUUCACACCAAACAACGUGGAAUCCCAGCCAAGAGCUACAAGGUCGUCUCACUCAACUCGUGUCUCGAAGUUUGCGCCGGAAAUCCAACAUGCGCUGGAGCCAACUACAACCGUCGUCUUGGAGAUUGCUCUUUGUUCGAUGCUAUUGAUGAGGAUGCCGAGGUUAACGAACACACAGACUUCUACAAGAAUCUCUGUGUAACCAAGGAAAUCGACACCGGAGCAUCUGCAGCUGCCAACGUACCAGAAGCCAAGCACCGUGUCUCUGGAACCGUCGUUGAAGGAAAGGACUCAAAGGCUCAACUUUUGGCCACCAAGAAGGUCAAGAAGCCAUCAAUCAAGAACACCGAACACCGUCGUGCUCCAGAAUCCACCGUUCCAAUUGGACCACCAGUUGAGGUCAAGGCUGAAGCCAUUCAGACAAUUUGUAACUACGAGGGAAUCAAGGUUCAAAUUAACAACGGAGAACCAUUCAGUGGAGUGAUUUUCGUGAAGAACAAGUUCGAUACUUGCCGUGUUGAAGUUGCCAAUUCGAAUGCAGCUACCUUGGUUUUGGGACUUCCAAAAGAUUUCGGAAUGAGACCAAUUUCAUUGGAUAAUCUUGAUGAUAACGAGACUGGAAAGAACAAAACAAAGAAGGGAGAAGAGGAAUCUUCAUUGAAGGAAGAAAUCGAAGAGUUCCGUCAAAAGAGACAAGCCGCUGAAUUCCGGGAUUGUGGACUCGUUGAUCUUCUCAAUGGAACAUACAAAUCGACAGUUGUCAUCCAGACAAAUAACCUCGGAAUCCCAGGACUCGUCACCUCAAUGGACCAACUUUAUGAGGUGUCUUGCGACUACUCGAGCAUGUUGGGAGGACGUGUUCAAGCCGGAUACAAUAUGACUGUCACUGGACCAGAGGCCAAUCUCAUCCAGCCACGUGGAAAGAUUGAGUUGGGAAAUCCAGUUUUGAUGCAAUUGUUGAAUGGAGAUGGAACUGAACAACCAUUGGUUCAAGCUAAACUCGGAGAUAUUCUUGAGCUCCGAUGGGAGAUUAUGGCUAUGGACGAUGAGCUUGACUUCUUCGUUAAGAACUGUCAUGCUGAGCCAGGAGUUGGAGGAGGAAAGGCCGGAGCUGGAGAGAAACUUCAAUUGAUUGAUGGAGGAUGUCCAACACCUGCAGUUGCUCAGAAACUCAUUCCAGGAGCUAUUGAGAUCAAAUCAUCGGCUGUUAAGACCACGAAGAUGCAAGCAUUCCGUUUCGAUUCAUCUGCUUCCAUUCGUGUUACUUGUGAAGUUGAAAUCUGUAAGGGAGAUUGUGAAGCUGUUGAGUGUGCUUUGACUGGAGGAGUCAAGAAAUCAUUCGGAAGAAAGAAGAGAGAAGUCAGCAACAACAUUGAAGAAUUCGAGACGAACCGAUACUUGAUCCCAAGAAGAUCGCACGCCACAACAUCGAUUGUCAUCAUUGACCCACUUCAACAGGUGAAUGAGCCAGUUGCCAUGUCCCGUGCCUCAACUCUUGACCUUCUUCGCGAAGAAGCUCACGAAGUACAAGUAAUUGAAGAAGGUUCAAUCUGUCUCAACUCAGUGACAGUCUUCGCCAUUUUCGGAACACUGGCUGUCCUGAUUCUCGGACAAUCCGUCGUCAUUGCUCACUACGCAUUCCGUCGGUUUUCCACUGAAAAGACCGCCUAA